CACCCAUGGCAUCUUCCCUGCGGCUGGUCGUGUUGGGAGGCUUCAUAGCGACACUGUGUGGUGUGGGAGCCAUGUUGAUGUUGCCCGAUUCCGGAUCUACUACUGCACUUUGGGUGUUCACAUAGUCGUAUUUCACACGGCCGACAGCCGGUGGUUAUCGGAGAAGUGCGAUGAAAAGCGAAGAGCACUGGAUGAAAGCGUACCGUCGGAUUCCGUUCACCGUUAAUUCAUAGCAAGUGAAGUUUGCUACGGCAAGUUACAUUGUCUCCUCCUAGACAGCCAGCUAGCAACAGCUGCAGCACGGCUACAGGGGAUGCGGUGUAGGGACCCGCUCCCUCUAACGUUGUCGCAACAAGGAUUUUUUAUAUUAUUUUUUUUCAUUUGCUGCACAUUGCCAACACGUGUGGGACUUAAUGUGUUUUGGAGCAGGUCCGCGUUUUGCUACGGUAAUGUUAGCUUGCUAACUUGCCUCUUUGUAAAGCCUGCUAGCUAGUAGCUAGUAUGCUGACCAUCAGUUUGUCUCACGACUAACAUUUCCUGCGGAGUUUAUCCUAACUUCUGGUUGCUUUCAGACAGCUCGCCUGUUUUGUUCGACCGUGGACUGUUUAAAUGGACACCAAGUAGUCGAGCAGUGGAGAUAUGGCGCUUUAUCGAUGCUGCAUGGGAUGCUAUCGAUUCGCCUGUCCAACUUCCCAAGGCACGGUUAACUGGCUUGUAGCAUAACUUUGACGUUCACUGUACCGUCACUCCGGUUCAGCAGGAAGCUAAUUUGGUCGCUAGCUGUUGAUACCGCCUCACCAUCAAGCUGGCGGCCCUCCGAGUAGAAGCGGAAGAGAAGGAGCUGGGAGCGAUGGCCUGGGUGUUGAAGAUGGACGACGCCACCAUCGAGUCGGGCUUGGUGCACGACUUUGAUGCCAGCCUGUCGGGCAUUGGGCAGGAGCUUGGGGCUGGCGCCUACAGUAUGAGCGACGUGCUCGCUCUCCCCAUCUUCAAGCAGGAGGACUCCAGCCUGCCCGACGACGUUGAGACCAAAAACCUGCCAUUCCAGUAUGUGCUCUGUGCCGCCACGUCGCCUGCUGUCAAACUGCACGACGAGACCCUCACAUACCUCAACCAAGGCCAGUCUUACGAGGUGCGCAUGUUGGACAACAGGAAACCAGGGGAGUUACCUGAGAUACACAACAAGAUGGUUAAGAGCACGGUGCGCGUGGUGUUCCAUGACCGCCGGCUGCAGUACACGGAGCACCAGCAGCUGGAGGGCUGGAAGUGGAAUCGCCCCGGCGACCGUCUCCUUGACAUCGACAUCCCCAUGUCGGUGGGUAUCGUAGAGCCCAAGACGAACCCCUCCCAGUUGAAUGCUGCAGAGUUCCUCUGGGACAUCAACAAGAGAACCUCUGUUUUUGUACAGGUACACUGCAUCAGCACAGAGUUCACCCCCAGGAAGCACGGCGGGGAGAAGGGGGUGCCCUUCCGGAUCCAGAUCGACACCUUCGCCCCCGGAGAGGCGGCCGACUACACGGAGCACCUGCACUCCUCCUCCUGCCAGAUCAAAGUCUUCAAGCCAAAGGGAGCAGACCGGAAGCAGAAGACUGACAGGGAGAAGAUGGAGAAGCGCACAGCACUAGAGAAGGAGAAGUACCAGCCAUCCUACGAUACCACUAUCCUGUCAGAGUGCAACGCAGCAUGUGCCCUGGACCUUCUACUGAGUAUGUGUGUCCCUGGCUCCUCCCAGAUGAGGCUGGAGCCCAUCAUAGAGGACGCGGCGGACCACGAGCUCAAGAAGUCCAGCAAGCGGACUCUCCCGGCCGACUGUGGCGACUCGCUGGCCAAGAGGGGCAGUUGUUCCCCGUGGCCGGACAACGCCUAUGUCAGCACAAACCAGGCAGCUACCCCCUCCUUCACCUCCUCCCCCCUCUCCACCUACACAGCCUCCUCGGUACCAGACAGCGAAUCUUCGUCCCCCAACCACCAGGCCGACCCGGUCAGCAAUGUCAACACAGAGCAGCUCAGCCCAACGGCCUCCAUCCAGGACGCCCAGAAGUGGCUCCUAAAGAACCGCUUCAACUCCUAUGCGCGCCUCUUCUCCCACUUCUCAGGUUCCGAUUUGUUGAAGCUCACCCGGGACGACCUGGUCCAGAUAUGUGGGGCCGCCGACGGCAUCAGGCUCUUUAAUGCACUUAAAUCCAGGUCAGUGCGUCCCAGGCUGACUCUGUACGUCUGCCAGGAGGCACUGAGCGAGAGCCCCCUGCUGGAGAGACGUGGCAACAGCGAGAACGGGGAGCCCGGCAGCCCCUCCAGCCUCUACGGUACUAUGUACCACGCUCUCUACCUAGAGGACUUGACCGCAGCAGAGCUGAUUCGCAAGAUGGCGUCCGUGUGCAACCUUCCCCUCUGCACCAUCAACCAGGUGUACCGCCAGGGCCCCACUGGCAUACACAUACUGCUCAGUGACCAGAUGGUGUACAACCUCCCUGACGAGAGCUGCUUUCUGAUCUGCUCUCUUAAAGACGACCUCGGCGAGGGUCUCCAUCUGAUCCUGAAGUAGCGCCAUGAAGUGAUGUCAUCACCAACCACUCCACCCUCUUGUUUUAUGAGCAGAAGCUGUUCUUGCUCCUUCUCCUCUCCAUGGUACUGUCUCUCUCUCUCCCCCUCUAAAUGUUCAGAUUGCUAGGUGGAAGACAGCAACUGGGCGAAGACGUGUAAAUGUUGGAAUCUGACAUGGGUGUGUCUGUUGUUUCAUAUUGAAAACACUAUUGACAAGAGAGACGGGAGGGGAGGGGGGAGCCCUCGGGAUGAGAAGUGUGGGUGAGCGGGCAAGGUUUAAUUUAAUGCCUUUUGUUUUUCUUUUUUUGUACGGACUCCUGUGUUCAGAGAAAGAGAAGGGGGUGAUGAGUGAUGGGGCCUGGGUUGGGGGGAAUACUCCUAUUCAGCGACCCAUGCACUAGGCCAGUAUAUUGUUGUUCUGCACUGCUGGACCGCUUGCUUACCUUGGUUGUGGGAGCCCCCCCCAGGCUCUGGUCUCUACAUGCCCCACGAGCUGUGGUCCCAAACAGGUGGCUACGGUGUCGGCAUUGUAGUGAAACAACUUUCUUUUUGGUUUGGUUUCUAAUUGGAACGGAUGUGGUCCAGGUUGUCGAUUGAUGUUGUUGAUAAAUGUUUCCAGUGUGGAUGUUGUCACUGACGCUCAAAAAAAAGUGUUUUUAUUUUGUUUUUUAUUGUUUAUAAAAGGUCAGAAUGUGCCGAUGUCAUGUUCUUGUUAUGUGGAAAGUAGUCUCCCAAAUCAGACUCUGGAUAAAUAUAUUAAGUCUAAUGGCAGACAAGCUCGAAUCUGGGUGAACGGGUGUUUCAUUUUAUUUUUCGCUUCCCAUUUAUUUUCGACCAAUCGUGUGGCUGGGGAUGUGCAGACGUGUGUUACAUGGAACUGGUCUAUAUUAUAAAGAACACAAUCGGCGGAACCACAACACAAUUGAUCUGACUGUGCAGUCCAAGAUUCUGCAUUUCUGCAUCCCAGAAUAUGCGGAAGAUGCCCUAGUGUUUGCCUUCUCCACUUGAAUCUCUUAAAUUAUCUUUUUUUUUUUUUUGCUACGCUUUUAUUGUUUUUAGUUGAUGGAUCUCAUAAUUGGGAGACAAUCUCUUAUAUGUUCGUGUGACAACACAUUGUUUCUGGUGCCAUUUGCGUUUGGUCCACGCCCACGUACAUAACUACCUACACACCCAUAACAUACACCUCUUACCUCCUCUGUUUGCAGUGGUGAGCUAGAAAAUAUUUAUGGGCAUCAUAUACAUUAUGCCUUCUGGGAUUGUGGCCAUAACCUUUGAGGAUGUUAGUUUUAUAACUGCUAGAGGAACGGUUCUAAAGUUAAUCUAAUAAAAAAAUCAUAGGAGACACGAUACGAAACGCCUAUACAAAACCUACAAUGAAACGGACCAAACAGGUUUUAGAUAGCACCGUCUGUAGGGUGUAAACACUAGACAGUGUCUCACACAGCGGGGGGUAGCUGGGAGCGUAGCUGGGAGCAUAUGGCGCUAUAACAGCUAGAGUAGGGUCUGGAGUUGCUUUUUUGUAUUGCAUGUAGAAUAUAAUGGGAGGCUUAACGGCGGCAUCUACAUUCACUAGCAUCUGUCUGUGUUUGAUACAGGUGGCCAAUAGGCAGGGGCGUUGUGUGCGUGUAUCAAGAGUUGUACAUGAAAAAAAAAUAAGAUGGGGGCGUUCUUCCAUGUGUCACACUCACCUCAGCAUUACAGAACUAUUUACAUGGAGCCCUUCUCUUGAAAUAUGUCCCCUGCCCUUUCAGGAAAACCUUGUCUUGGGAGAAUGUUUGCGGGUCAUUUUUAGUGCUUUUAGUUUAUAUUUAGGUUCUUGGUAUCCUUAAAGUGGACUUGUCAUCAGGGUAGCUCUCCACCGCCAUGAUACGUGCCCCCACCACCCCCUGAAUGGUAGGUUGGCAUGGUAACGGGUUAGUUUGUGUAGUAAAGUGCGGGAGGGUGGAUCUAAACCGAGUAGGCUUAGCACCAAGCAAAUACAUGCACACAUCAGUACUCCUGUGACCACAACUUCACAUGUUUCAUUCGUUGGCAUGUUCGAUGGGAGGAUCGAGAGGUCGAAGUUGAUCCCUAUAUAAUCUGGUGUCAUCUCACCACCUAUGAAAGUGGACGUUUUUGUUCUGGGUUAGGCAUGUGCAGGGAUAUGAGGUCCACUGAUGCGUUGUAUAUCAAAAAUGACUGAAAAUAUAGUUUAGUGAGGUCCCCUGGUUCUAGGCCGACUGUGGGAAGCCGUUACGAUGCCCUCUGAGCCUGGCCUCCGUCCCUGUGCAUGUCUGAGACACCAGGAGAGAGGGGGCAACCCGGCGAUGUACUGCCCGAGGUCAACGAGGACGCUUCUCAGCACAGUACCGUAUGCUGGAGAUGUACACCUGUGCUGGAAAAUAAAUGAUUUCAUAAA